GCGUCUUCCAUAUCAGCUCGGGCUGCAGACUCAAGGAAUAUCCGAAUUUAUUCUGGAUACAUCGCACAGAAUAUGGAUCUACAGUGGGUGUAACAUCGUUGCAGACCGAGCCAUCUCGGCUGAGGUGACGGCAGGACACUAGCGAGACCGACGAAAAUAACAUCUGUGUGUUUUUUUUUUCCUCGGGGUGCUUUGUCUUGUCCACCUAACGAUAGCAAACCAUCAUUUUCAUCUCAAUUGCAUGAAAUUCAGCUAGUAAUUACUAGCUGCCGCCGGGAUGUAUCAUCAUGUUGUCACCUAAAAGUAACUACUAAGACGUCGGAUUGCGAAGGAAAAGCAGAGACCCCUCGCUCCCCGGUCCCARCGGGCUGACACCGGGACCUGAAUCUGUGUUAGCCACAGCCGCGGAACCCACUGUUUUCGGCGAUAUGGCGGAGCAAGGCUACUCAUCCUGGGCAUACUCCCUAGUUGACUCCAGUCAGGUGUCCACCUUCCUGAUCUCCAUCCUUCUUAUCGUCUAUGGCAGCUUCAGGUCAUUAAACAUGGAUUGUGAGAACCAGGAGAAGGAUAAAGACGGUAACCCUUCAGCACCAGGGUCUUUUAAUAACAGCAACACAAACAACAGCAUUCAGACUAUAGACUCGACGCAGGCCCUGUUCCUGCCAAUAGGAGCGUCUGUGUCUCUGCUAGUCAUGUUCUUCUUUUUUGAUUCGGUUCAGGUGGUCUUCACUAUCUGCACUGCAGUACUUGCUACAAUUGCAUUUGCAUUCCUGUUGUUACCUAUGUGCCAGUAUCUGACCAGACCCUGCUCCCCGCAGAACAAGAUUUCAUUUGGUUGCUGCGGACGCUUCACCCUGGCUGAACUCUUGUCGUUCUCGCUCUCCGUGAUGUUGGUCCUCAUCUGGGUGUUGACCGGACACUGGCUCCUCAUGGACGCUUUAGCCAUGGGCUUGUGCGUCGCCAUGAUCGCUUUUGUUCGGCUUCCCAGUCUGAAGGUCUCCUGCCUGCUGCUGUCAGGACUGCUCAUUUAUGAUGUGUUCUGGGUGUUCUUCUCAGCGUACAUCUUCAACAGUAAUGUGAUGGUCAAAGUCGCAACUCAGCCUGCUGAAAAUCCCAUAGAUGUUCUCUCCAGGAAGCUACACCUAGGGCCCGGGAUGGGCCGCGACGUUCCCAGACUUUCCUUACCUGGAAAACUGGUCUUCCCAAGCUCCACAGGAAGCCACUUCUCCAUGUUGGGAAUCGGAGACAUCGUGAUGCCGGGGCUGCUGCUGUGCUUCGUCCUGCGCUACGACAACUACAAGAAGCAAGCAACGGGGGAGGUCCCGGGGCCCGGCAACAUGUCCGGACGCAUGCAGCGCGUCUCCUAUUUCCACUGCACCCUCAUCGGAUACUUUGUGGGCCUGCUGACUGCCACUGUGGCCUCGAGGAUCCAUCGUGCUGCUCAGCCCGCUCUGCUCUACUUGGUUCCCUUCACCCUGCUGCCUCUGCUCACUAUGGCUUACCUGAAGGGGGAUUUGCGGCGAAUGUGGUCCGAGCCUUUCCACACCAAGGCCACCAGCUCUCGCUUCCUGGAGGUAUGAUGCAACCCGGGGAACGAACAACCAGCACGGGGACGACUGCUGAUCUUUUCUUCUUAAUCAGAGGAAAGGAAAGAGGGCACACUCACCAGGAGGCCAUGUUGUCAUCACUUCAUGCUUUCCACUGAUCUGUGAAGAGAAAAAAAAAAAAUCCCUCAGAAAGGACACCAGAGUGUGGAUCACAACGCCCAGACACGACUCAUCUUUGCUCCGUACAUCCUUCCCCGUUUCAUCUCCGCUUCCUCUUAGCCGUUUCUUUCCUGUCCAUUACAGCACAUCCUGCCUCUGCUGUUUUUGUGCUGCCCUCGUCUUUGUCUCCUUUCCUUCCCCCCCUCCUCUCCACCUCCCUCUACAUGGCCAUUCUCAAAUUUUCCACUUCCUGUCUCUUCUGCCUUUUUGUUAUUUUUAUUCUGGAUUCCUUUUCUCUGUGAUGAACUAAAUGGACCAGGCCUCUCCCCCCCCCCUCCCACCUCCUUUUUUCGUGGACUUACAGUUGUGAGACAUGGCUGGGGUUUAUAUGUAUUUUUUUAGCAUUGUUGUGGUCAUUAUAAUUAAUGUUAAUAUUAUCAAAGAACUUUAACAAGUCGAGAAGAGAUGGAGUGUUGCACAGGAGCAGCAACACAGCCCAGAGGUCAUCCCUCUUCUUCCGUCUCCCUGUUUCAUCACCCCUUCCCCCCCGAUGGCUCCCCCUGGUGCUCCUGCCCUCUUACUACACUCCCUGUGCGCCCUCCCCCCCACCCCCAUUUCCUCACCUUUACCCCUCCGUCUUCUGUUCAUCUGCUGUCCUUACCCAACAGAUAACUAUGUAUUUUAUUUAGAAAAGUUUUAUUCUUUGCAUAUACAGAAAUGAUGCAUUAAAAUUGUUGAGCUGCCUCCCCUCCCCACCAGUGACGGAGUCGGACGGGGUCGCUUUUAUUUGUAUAUAUGUGUACACAUGUAUUUGCGGUAUCAUGAGUUUGUAUUUGUGUUUGAGAGCAUGUUGAAGAGGACGGUAAACUGAUGUCGAACAGCAAGCUUGACUUCACUCGGAUUGGCGACUGUGGAUCCAGCUUUGUGCAAUAGAGAAUCCCUGGAGAACUUCUAAACGUCUCUCACUGGACGACAGUUUCCCGCUCUGAUCUUAAAAGUGCGUGUGUGUGUGUGUGUGUGUGCGCGCGCGCGAGUGCAGAAACACAUGAGCAAGCGGUUCUUUUACUCUGUUUUAAUUUGAACUCAUGUUUAAAAUGACGACAAUAGUCAGGUUUGCAUUGAGCUGUGUGUUUUGAAUCAAAGGGUGUCAAGCACAUGAAACAUGUAAACGGUUUAUCUUGUAAAAACGGGCGGGAAAAAAAAUAUAUGAGA